AUGCACUCCAAACAGCUUGUACUGACAGCCCUGGUGGCUACAGCAGUUGCUGUGCGGGACCUUCAAGACAGCGACUUCCCACAGGCAUGCCAGUCAACUUGCGAUGCGGCAAGGAAUUUGUUCAACCAGUGCGAUGACCAGAAUGACAACAACAAUGACGACAACGGCAACUGGAACUGGAAUAAUUGGAGUAACAACUCGCAAUUCCGACAGUGCAUGUGCCAAGGGUCGAAUGCAAACUCGGAUUUUGCCAAUUGCGACGGCUGCGUACGCCAGUACCCGGUGAACAGCCAGAAUGGUGGGAACAUGCGAGGCAAUGAAGUCCAAAGAUGGAUGCAGUUCUGUGGCUUCCAGCAGCAGAACAAUGUCGGCACCACCACGAACGGAGUCAUCCUCCCAACUCCAGCAACCACGCCGUUUGUCACGAAUAGCUUCUACAGCACGAACUGCCGAACCUGGGUCUAUACCUCGACCUACAACAACAAUGGAAACAACAACAACAACAACAACAACAACAACAACAACAACAACAACAACAACAACAACAACAACAACAACUUCGGCAACACUUACCUCGCCACUUCCACUGAAUGUAACAAUCAGCCAGGUGCUACAGGUGCCUACUAUGGUAGCUCGACCUCGUGGAGUACCGAGUACUACCAGACCACUCAGAAUGGCCAGGUGUAUCAGCAGACUGCGCUCGUUGGCGUUGGUCCAGAUGGUGCCCGACAGACAGUCGCACCUGACAAUGCGGGUGGUCUGAAUGUGUACGAUGGUGCUGCAGCCAAGAAUGCACUACCAUUCUAUGGCGCUGCCGGUGGUUUCUUGAUGGCUGCUUUCGCGCUGUAG